AAGGUUUCCCAUAAGGCCACAUAAUUACAUAUACAUGGAAUCUACACACUAGUAAUACUUAUUUCAAAAUGGAGAUUAAUACAGAUUAUGAAAAUGUAAUCAAUUUGUACCUCCAAGGAGAACGUUUCUUUAAAGAAAAACCAAACAGCGUAGACACCAGUAUAGAAUUGAAAGUUACACUUAUCAAGAGAAUACCAAUAUCACCUACAGUCUACAUUUUCAUAUUCCAAUAUCCACCGGAGUUAGAACAACAUUUUAUGUUACAUAUUUUCGCGCAUUUUGAAUUCAAAGGAGAACGCAUGUUACCAAAGGUCCAGGGUCAGUGGAAUGGAAAGAUAUGUCAACAGAAUGACACUAAUCAAGUGUCCCGUAAAUACACACCUAUAUAUAUCGAUCAAGAAAAAAAGGAAGUACACAUACUAAUGAGAAUAUACCGUCCGUGUGAGAAAUAUCCCGAUGGAGGCAGCCUGACCAGAGUUAUUGAGUGUUUGAUACCACAGGACCAAUUGACAAUUUAUCCAUCCAUGUUUAAAUUUAGCUUAACUCAAAAUGGAGCUUUAACAAUUGGAGGAGAUAAAGUCGUCGAGUUUAACCACCUAAACCUCGUUGCAGGAGGAACUGGAAUAACGCCAUAUGUGCGUUAUCUAAUCAACAACAAGAAGAUACCAGUGAAUUUAGUGUACUGCAAUAAAACAUUAAAGGAGAUUCUGCUUAAACCGUUACUCGAUAAGCUUCAAGAACGUGGAUUAUUAAAGGUUAAGUACCUAGUGACUUCGGAAGACCCAGAGGUAAUACGAAACUAUAAACCAAAUAACGACGCUUUGGUCUUUGGGAAGUUGUCCAUUGAGCACUGUGAAGGUUUCCUUGAAACUAAGGACUCCUUCACCAUUGCUUGUGGUCCACCUGGUAUGGUGAUGAAAGCAAAGGAAAUCACAACACAACUAGGGCUACCAAUGGCUUGUUGAAUGUUUUGAUAAAUAUAAUAUAGAUCGCACAUUGACCAAAG